ACCUUGUUGACGAAUGUCUGUAGAUGAACUGAAAUGUUGCUUUACCUCUGAUUUACUGGUGAUUUGAGUACAUGAAAAGGCAACAAGCAGCAGAAACAUGUGGAUACUGACAGCCCUGGAGCCUGGAGGGCUGACCUGAAUGCUUCGAAGCUUCGACCAUUGCCAUGGUGAGACCCACUAUCUCCUCUCCAGUAAAGAGUACGUGGUGGGGCGCAAGAACUGUGACAUCAUCCUACCCAACGACCAGUCCAUCAGCAGGGCUCACGCUCAUCUCACUGCCACUGACCAGACCCUGACUGUAAAAGACACCUCCAAGUACGGUUCAUUCGUCAACAGCCAGCGCUUGACAGAAAACACAUCAGUGAAUCUGAAUUCAGGAGACAAUGUUACAUUUGGGGUUUUUCACAGCAAAUUCAGUGUGGAGCAUCAGAAGCCAGUGGUGUGUUCGUCAUGUUUGGACACUGAUGGCAAGGCGUCGCUCUCUCAGGCCCUGUUGGCUUUGGGUGGAAAGCUGGUCAACUCCUGGACUCAGGACUGCACUCACCUGGCCAUGCCCACCGCUAAAGUCACCAUCAAGACUAUCUCUGCUCUGCUGUGCUGUCGUCCCAUCGUGAAGCCGGAGUUCUUCUCAGAGCUCAGCAAAGCCGCUCAGCAAAAAUUACCCCCGCCUAAAGCUGAGAGUUUCAUCCCUGAGAUCGAUGAGCCCAGCUUGAGUGAAGAGGAUGUUAACCUUGGAGUGAUUCCAGUUCGCAAACAGCUUUUCACCGAAAAGACCUUCAUAUUCCUCAGUACCAAACAACUCAAGCGCCUGAGUGUAGCAGUGAGUUUUGGAGGUGGCAGGAGCCAGCUGCUGGAGGAGGACUCUCUGCCCCGAGACCUGCUUGAGUCUCCACAGAGCUGUGUGGUCGAUGUUACGGCAGGCAGCUCCCAAACUCUGCUUCCUCCCUCUGCCACAGUGUGGGCAAACUCUGUGAAGAACAUUGUUCAAAGAAAAGGCCUCAGAGUCAUCACAGAGUCUGAAAUCGGUUUGGCUGCCAUCUACGCUUCAUGUGACAAGUACUGCAAUCCAUCCUGUCCGACACCAGACUCAGAGGCGGCACCAAAAGUGUCUCCCAGAAUCCCGAGUGCUUCGCUGUCACAGAGCACGGCGGUGGAUGAGACUAUGUUACCUGCAGCAUCUCAGAACAUCACAGCUUAUGCAGCUAACACAGAGCCAUCACAAGGGACAGCGCUAUGUGAAGGUACAGGAGUGACGGCGGUAGGGGAGACUCCUGAGAAGAAGCAAAACCAGAACAGCAGUCAGCUCCGUGGAUCCAAACCUGUAGCUCAGAAGACGACCACACAGUGCAUCGUGGCUGAUACAAUGAGCUCAUCGUUCAACACUGUAGAGAACACGGACUCACAGAGGAAAAAGCCUGAGUCCAAACCGGCAGUUUCAGGUGCAGGCAGUAGUGACAUGUGGUCCCAGCCAUCCCUUCCCAGGACCAGUGGUGGCACGAAGGCAUUCUUCCAGAAGCAAUCUCCUCAGAAACAGAAAACAUCUGCACAAUCUUCCCCUCAGAAACAAUCAACUCUGACCAAUUUCUUUCAAACAGUCAACAAGAAAAGGCCUUUGGAGGACGAGCUCUUCGCCGUCACGUCAGAGCCAAAACGGCCUGCACUGGAAUCAGCCACGUCUAAAGAAACAUCCUCACGUUCAGGCACAGUCCCUGCAGCAACACUGGGGUCAGCAGCUGAUCUUUUCUCAGGACAGUCAGAAGCUCAGUCAGACAGGGUCUCCCACAAUGUCCAGGAGGAGCCACAGAGUAGAAAGAGGAAGGAGAUGGAAGCGGAGAUAUCGAUGGAUGAAUUGGAGUCUCUUAUGUCUGAGGAUAUGGACUUUGAUGAGCAACCCUCACAUAGUCAAGGCCAGCAAGCACAGCUAGUAAUGCGAAGUUCAACCGAACAGAAACGAGGUUUAAAUACUGUGGAGGCGUCAUCUUCAAACAAGAGGAAGCGGGUCCACCUAGAAGAGAGUGGAAAGAACCAAACUGACCAGCGUAUUGUCUCCAUCAAGACAGAGCAGGUUCAUCCUUCAGAUUACCAGACAACUAAUCAUGAGUCCAGCAAACCUCCACAAGUGUCAUCUGCCAGUACAAGUUCAGACAUACAGCCUUUUGACGAUGACGAGGCGUCUUUCAUUGAGGAUGUAGAACUACUCAAAGUAGAUCUCUCCCAGCCUGAAGAAGAGAUUAAGCCCUCUCUGAAACCGGUUACAGUCAAACAGGAGGUCCAAGAGUCAAAGAAUGAUGAAGACCUUCCUAAUAAGCUGGUGUUAGUGGAGUUUAGAUCUCUCACUGUGACCGCAACUCCCAAAACCAAACCACAGAAGAUGCAGAGCAACGGCAAUCCAAAGAACUUCAAACGUUUCCGCAAGAUCUGCGUGCCAGGUGCAGAAGGCUCACCCCACGUCAUCGGAGGAUCUGAUCUACUGGUUCACAACAGGGGCAAAAACACUGAUCUGGAUGAAUGGCUGAAAGAUGCAGCUGAGGAGGCGCGUCAGAGCAGACGGGACGAGAGUGCUGGAGAUGACCUCUUUAGGUACAACCCCACCAAACUAACCAGGAGAAGAUGAAAUGCCUUCAUGUUAUCAUCAUCCAGAGGGAAUUCAUUUCAAAGGCACAGGAAGUAUGUCAAACUCCCAUCAACACCGCAUAAAAAGGAUUCCAGAAAUAAUUUCAUAGAUAACUCCUGAUAUCUGUAUUUCAAAUGUAGCUGCUUCAUAACAGCUAAAAUCACCAAAUAUGUUUAUUAUUGUUUUGUGUUGCUGUUCUUCCUGUUCAUUCCAUCCAUAAAUGUCACUAAUUAAGCCACUGACAGUGAGCAAUGUAACAAAACAGUCUCAUGUUCAGAGAUUUUUCUCAAAGUUUUAUUCGUCAAUAAUAAAAAAAUGCGCCAUACAAAACAUUAAAAACUCUUCAGUUUUACAAGAGUGUGUUAAAACUCCACAUGCUGAAAGCAGCUAUUCCAUCGUUUUGAAGUUAAGACCAAAUGUGUUCCCUGGUUUUAGCUGAACUGAAAACUUAAGAGGGAAGUUGCCGUUUCUGAAACGAUCUCCGAUGAGCCUACAGGCACUUAACAGAUCUGAAACUGUUCAGAUAAGUCGUCGUCGUCGUCGGGCCAGAUAGUUGAACCUGUCAAUUCAUACUGAAGGCAAAGUGCCACGUGUGAGUUGAGAGUGGACUCAGCGUUCAGCAUGAAUCAUGCAGUAAUAAAAUGGGCAGCAGAGUGACAAAAGGAAGAAGGAGACUGGCCUUUAAACACUUUUUUCUAAAUUUCAAUGGGAUUAUUUUGUAUUAUUACUUUGUGAUUAAAGCAAAUUUUCUACUUUGUACUUGCAAGUUGCUUUUUAAAAUUCAUACAAAUCUGUACUUAAAUGUAAAGUAUAUGGAUGGACACACAAUAAACCAGCAGAUUGCUCUUGGAGUUGGAAGCGGUGGACAGUUGUGUCCAACCUCAGAUCAUAUUUUUAUCCAUCCUUUAAGUAAAUUCAAAACAAUAAUAAGAGUUAUCUCCCAGUCUCUGCAGUCCUUGAAUCUUCCCACGUCUGUCCUUAUAGCACUUUUGUCUUCUGCUCACAGCAGCUGCUGCUAGGCAAUGGUUCAUGCCCGCAUGCAUAUAUUUAAUACUCAUAUCAAAACAAUAUUCAGAAAUCAGUGAAAAAAGCAUCAAGGAAUAAUUCAGCUGAAAUUCAAUAUUUAACACAAGUAACAUUUUCACUAGCUAGCUGUUAUAUGAUUACCAAAACUUAAACAGUAAUGUGUUAAACUACUAAGUUUGUUAGUGGAAAACUUAAUGUGACUACAGUAAAGUGUUAUUUUAGUAAUGCAUUACCCCCAACACUGACUCUGACUACUAUAUUGUAUUAAAGGGGGCAGAGGAUCAAAGUGUCACAUCACAAUAAACAAACCAUGAGCUGUGCGUGAGCGGCACGCAAAAAAAAAAUAUGCAUAUGGCAUCACACUCUUGCAGACCGAGUUAAAAUGACUGAAAGGAAAAAAGGAAAUGAAGAAUAAAUUGCUACUAUCCGUGCUCACAACCUGUCUAAACUGUUAUUUGACACUUAAAACAAUAUUGUCUGUUUGCUGUGAAGCUGUAUUUAAAAAAUGGAAGAAGAUUUUUAUAUAUAGACACAUGUAUAUUUGGGCAAUAUGGGAAAAAGGAAAAAAAUAAUUAGCCCUACAAGUCCUCCUUCUCAUUGAUCAUGUGAUUUGGGAAAUCGCCUGCGUUGGUGUAUCUCAGAAAUAGUUAUGGGAGAAGUCUGACUUGGCAAAUUCUAUGUAUUGUUAAGUAAACAAAGUUGUGUGCCAUGUUUCACAAUAUUAAGAGAAACAUGAUAUUACUACAGUGACAGACAAUAAGUAAUUGACAUAUUGCCCAGUCAUGCACACAGGUAGAUUGAAUAGUUUUUAGAUGUUAGCCUUCUCAGGGAUAGCCACAAUAUGCAAAAAAAUGGCAUAAUGUUAUUAUAAAAAUACAAAGGGGAUGCUAAGAUUUGGUUUGGAAAAAAUAUAAAAAUAAAUGAUUUAGAUGGGAUGAUUUUAAAAAUGGGUAUUCUGCAAUUGUGCUUUUCUGUUUUCUCUUUUUAAAAAGCCUGUUCUCUCUAUGUGUAUAUAUUGGUUAGAUUCAGAUGAGCCGGCGUCGACUGGCUGAAAUGACAAGAAAAUGUGCACUAAGUGUUGUAAUUGUUGCGUUUAGAUAAAUGUAUUGUGAAAACAA